AUGUUCGAGAUGACCGACACACUCCGCAUCUCGACUGUGCGAUUCCCGCCCCUUCGGCAGGCCCGGGGGACGGUACUUAAUACUAUAAUGGAGGAUACGCGCGAGUCUAAUUUCGCUCAAACAAGUCUAGAAGACUCAGCUCCUUCCAUACUUAUACCGGCAGUCAUCAGUCCUAAGUUGAGGUUGCAGACUAGCGGGUUCGCAAUACCAACACACGCUCGGCUCGCCCGUCUAAUGUCGCCUCUCUCGGCUGGAACCACCUCAUCAUGUUCGGAUACAGAAUGGCAGUCUCAGAUGCAAGGAUUUCGAGGAUAUGACGACUUAUAUGAUGCCUCAGGUGAUGAUAGUGACGACAAUGAGACCGAAAUUAGCGAUUCAUGUUUUUCCCCGGAUACACGGCCAUCGAGCUUGAUAACACCAGUCACCCGAAACUCGGUGACCUCAACUGGCAGUCAAAAGCACCCUCUGAUACUUGAGAUUCCCUCGUCUAAGUUUUGGCCGUCAAUUAACGGCUCUCUCAAGGGCUCUCCAGUCCCGCCGACGCCUCCGUCCAAGAUUCCAGUCUCGCCAGCAGCGUUGUCGAUGCUCAGCCGUUCUGUGCCCGCAUCAUACGCCCCGCCUUCACUUGAUGGUAGCAUGACUUCGGACCAAGAAUCAAUCAUCAGUGCAUUGGCUACACCAGACUCCCAAUCUCUGCCAGAAACCCACUGGGACGCACAUGAUGAUAUACGUGUCCGCCGGGAUCUGGACGGAAUUGAAAGCGGCCUAGAAAAUGCGGAUGGUAGUUCAGAUCUUGAAACUGUACCCAUUGCUAUUGAAGACCCGCACGACGACUGGCGUCAUGUUCUGGGAAGUUUCCCCCGGAUUCCUACCGCUGCCCAUGCAUAUUCACCUCCGCUCCCGCCGUCACUGUCGCCAUCCUUUCAUCUAAAUGAUGAGCCAAUUCACAAUUGUGAUGACAUUUACGACGCCCCACAGCCUAUUCACCAACGGGACUUUCUGCCUAACUCGGCGAUGGCAACACUACACCACAUUCAUUUAGAUGAGACAAUUGACUCGUGGUCCGAGACCUCGGAGGAUAAAGGUGAGAUGUGGCAACUCCAGCAGCCUUUGAAACGCCCGAGAAGUGCCGACGGGGUCACCCCUGCAUCUGAGCUGUCUGGAUACAGUUUCAGUGACUUGAGCAUUCCAUCUCCUGGUGGUUUUUUUGCUUCUUUGGCGCCUCGGGCGCGCCACACAUGGUCAAUCCCUAACACCAAUUACCCGCCAUCUUCGGCGGCUGCAGAGCGGUUCUACAAUCUCCCUUGGCGUCAGGAUGAAGGAGAGAUUGUUGAGCAGAUAGUUGAAUGGCCCAGGCGCCCUGUUGACGAAGACCCAGUCACAGCGGUUCGAGAUGAAGAGGCCCCGCUUACUGCCGUUCGACUCCCCUGUGACACACCAACUCGUCGGUCAAUCUACCAAGAUAGCCCCAUGAGUGCUGCAUUUGAUGCAGUUCAAGUCCAAGAGAUUCCCCGUUCUGCGAACGGAUAUGAGUACGACGAGUGCUAUGAUCAAGAGCUGCAGGAACGUGCAGUUGCGAACCACGACCGGACAAGUAUCUGGCUGUCUGCCCAAGCAUCCUACCUCUCCGCUCUCAAUGAAACAAAUCCAGUGAAUGGCAUCAAGCCUGUUGAACCAUCCGAGAAGUCGGAUGAUGUCGAGGCUGAGGCCGAAGACACCACAGAAGAUUCUUCCAAGAAGAUGGUACGGUUCUCUGAAGGCGUCCCUGAGUCCCUCGGUCCUCUGCCCCCGGUUAUGGCUAGUAAGGAUUCAAUUUAUUGGCAGGGCUUCCGAUCCAUUCGGGAACGGUCAACCAAGACAGAUGGGUUCAUGCACCGCAAUAUGCGUUUUGAUGCCGUGCAAUCCAUGCGCCUCGCCAUGAACGACUUGCACAUUAACUGCUUGCUGGGUAAGUUUGAGCUUGUUCGCCCCGAACGCCCUGCGUACAAGGGUCCUUUUGCCAAAGCACCCCGCAACUCGAUGAUAACCUCCGAGCUAGCCGAGAAGGCGCAAUUUGACAAGGUGGAGAAAGAGCAGCUGGUUCUUGCUCAGCUAUCUCAGCCCAUGUGGGCCAUGGAUGCCCUCCGGUCCCUCAACGGCGGUAAUCUGCUAGCAAGUCCUGCCCAGCGGGUGCUUGCACAAACAUCAUCAAAGCGCAGGAUCUCGCAAGGGCCACGCAAGCGCAGUUUCCGCAUCCUAGACCUGGGGGGUCACUCCUCCUGCGACUGGGCGUGGCAAGCCGCUCACGAGUUCCCAAAUGUUAAGGUUUACACCGUCGCCUCCAAGAACCAGGCUGUGAACAGCGCUAUUAAGGGCCCUCCCAACCACCGCCAGGUGACCGUGGCCAACCUCUGGGAGCUGCCCUUUGGCAACAACCAGUUCGACCUUAUCUCCGCCCGCUCCAUGCAUGCACUGCUGAAGAUCAAAUGUCCUGCCGGUAAGGACCGCGACGAGUACGACCUCGUUCUCAAGGAAUGCAUGCGAUGCCUCAGGCCAGGCGGUUACCUCGAGUUCCAACUUCUUGACGCCGAGAUCUCGCGGGCGGGGCCACACGCUAGCGCAACGUCAGUGGAGUUUGCUUUCAACCUGCGCAACCGCGGGUACGACCCACUAGCAACGAAGAGCUUCGUCGGCCGUCUUCGCAGCACAGGAUUUGUCAACACGCAGCGCGCGUGGAUGUUCCUCCCUAUGGGCACCGAGCCCGUUGAGCAGGAGCCCCUGCGCGAGACUCCUGCACCGCGUGUGCAGAGCCAAAUUGAAAAUUGCGAGGCGGUGCAGGGACCGAUUGGUAGCACGGCGGACAUUGCCAGCAUGACUGGACUGAUUGGGGGGUGGAUGUGGGAGCAGUGGUUACUGAAAUUGCGAGUGGAAAUGGGUCGCGAUCGAUCCUUGUUGCUUGAGGGUCUUGGUGCGCUGUUUAAUGAGGGGAGGAAGAGUGGUGCUGGCUGGACCUGCCUCUCUGGAUGGGCGAUGAAGCCGAAGCGGAAGAGUUCUGUCUCUUUGGCCAAGGUUGGAUCUAUGUAG